AUGGCAACCAUCCAGGACCUGGAGUUUUACUUCAAGAUCACACCCAUUAAGAUAAGAGAACAACGCAAGGAAACAGAGUAUGACCAACUGCAACACUGGUACCCUCCUUUCAAAAAUUAUCACUUUAGACGUGACACCACCAACAGCACCGGCUGGCACCGGUGGACUCAACAAGGCAUCACACCUUUCAACGCACCUACUGACCCGCCAGGCACAAAAAGCAGCUCCAUCUUUUUCGACUGCGGACGCAACUACUUCCUCCUUGUCGAGGAAGACUGCCUAACCACCGAUUUCAACGAAAUGAUCGAGUUCGACGAGCCCUGGAAGCGGCUCCAGUUCGUGUACAAGCCGCCUAGGCCCGACCGCCCGGAAAUGUCUCUGGUCAAAGUGUUUCCAGCGGAUGGCGAAUUCAUGCUACAUGCGCGGGGGGCACCGACUUGGAUGCCCGAGCUGAUACCGUACACUUAUGACGGGACUGAACGCUCGCGGCGUGCCAAUGUGGCCGGUGAGCUGUCGGUCCUCUUAGGGCUAGUUGCGUUUACGUGUGAGCCAAAGCGGCAUGCCUUGCUGAGUACUAUGGUGAAUAACUUUCGACCGCCUCGCUGGAUUCCAAAUAAUAUUGCCCCACUGGCUCCAUGCAAGAGAUCGGAUGUUUCUCGGGAAAGGGGAUAUGUCGUCAAAGUCGCACCGUGCUCAGGGGUUGAUUUGGAAGCUUAUGAGGACGGCCAUUAUGGACCCUUGCUUGCAGGAGAUGAUGGCCUGGUUUUGUAA